UUUCCUUUUCCUUUGCCUCGAUCGGAACACGCGGGACGAUUAUUAGUGACACGUAAGGCUCUUUGGCAGCACAGCUCCUAUUUCAGCGCGCUCCGUGUUUCCUAGAUUUCUUUCGCCGCGUCAAAUAACGUCAUUAUCUCGCGGGUUCGAUUAUGGUGCUGUUUCUAACAUCGAGAAAGUAGAGAAUCCGCUCGAUACACACAAGGCCAUCUUGCUCUUCGCGUUACUGCGUUCCUGUCGGGCCUCCCGCUUCCCGUUAUCAUUUUUCUCGAGACAAGCCGAGGAAUCAAAGUUAAAGCCAUGGCGGCGCGAACGAAGCAGUUGCUUAGGCGGCAAUUUCAGCCUUCGUUCUCCCCAAUCCUUACGAGCCUCCUCUGUUUCGCGAUAUCGCUGCUGGCUUUUGUGCGUGGCGCGCAAGCCCUGACUGAACAAGUGAGCCUGCUGGCAAGUCUUUCAGGCAAGGGGGCUGCCGGAACUCUCAGCCUGCUCGUUCAAAAAAAUGCCACAAGAUACAAUCUCCGCUACACUCUCGUGCUUACCGGAACAGCCACUGCACCCAAACGGAUCGCCUUAUAUCAGAGACAGCAGCAGCAGCCCAGUAUCGCCAUCCCCCUCCCCCCCCUCGCCUGCUCCCAGCCCGUUCCAUCCGUGUGGCACUGCUCCUCCGCUGCUGCUGCUUCUUCGGCCUCUCCUUCCCUCCCUGCUGCUCCUCUUGCCGCCCUCUUUGCUGCUGCUGGUGGUGGUGCAAAUGGUGGGGCUGCAAGUGAUAGCAGCAACACUGCCAGUGGCAACAGUGGCAUUGGGUUCUCUGCUACGGUAGUGGGCGCUGGAAGCAGCACCAUUGGCGCGCUUACUCGAGCCAAGGCGUUCUACAACGUCCCCUCUGCCUUCGCGCCUGUGCUCUACCCCACUGCGGCUGCUCCGCUGGGAGGCGCAGCGAGGGGUGGCACCACCUUGUCUGUAUCCGCCACCAACGCCCUCGCCAAGGUCACCUACCUCAUCAUCGUCAUCAACCCAUCCCAGCCACUCCGCACCGUCAAGAUCUCCAUCUCUACCCCCACCUCCUCUUCCUCGUCGUCCACUUCCCCCACCUCCUCCUCCUCCCCCUCCUCCUACACUCCCUCCACUCUCGCCCUGGCCUGCACCUGGACCUCCCCCAUCCCCUCGGUGUGGGCCUGCCGAGGCACAGCCAUGGCGGCUCAGGUCUCCCCAGCAGCCAAGGCCGUGGCAGCACUGCCAGCCCUGCCUGCUGGGGUGAAGAGUGCCUGUGCAGUGGGGGUGAGUGUGAGAGGGGGGGUUACAGGGAACCAAGCGGCACAGGGGAUGCUGAUCCGAGUGGCUGGGCAAGAUCGGUGAGAGAACGGUGUGCCCUGUGCACUGAUUUGUCGUCAGGGCUGAAUUAAGGAGCCUCCAAACAAGCCAAAAACGUUAGCUCAUAACAUGUUCGAGCAGCCAAUCGAUCAAGGCUGGAAUUCGUCACAUGCUUACAUGUGGCAGUAAGUUGGCUUUAUUUACAUGAUG